CCUUGCUUGCAGAUACACAACACUCCGUUUGAAUUCAUAAUUUAUCAUGUCGCGCAUCCAUCAAGCUUACUUUGACCAUCUAGUUGCUAUCCACAACCACCUGCGCCAUGAGCUCAAGAGUUGUUUGCGUACAUUGCCCACAGUGAGCCAACCGGCCUCAGUUAGAAAUUCUCUCCGAAACGUCCUUCAGUUCUGUCGUCAUCUCCAGGGCCAUCAUGACUUGGAAGAACAGAUCAUUUUUCCAGUCUUUGCUGCUGUAACUGACAUAUCUCAUUGGAGUCAUUCACAUGAGGAGCUUGAACAUACAUUAGGGAAGAUCCGGGAGAUGGCACAGAAGGGUUUAGAUCAAGAUGGCAAGGGCUUUUCUACAGAUCAGAGAGAGAAUAUUGUGGACGAGAUGCAAAAGCUGUCAGAUAUUGUCCUCCCACAUCUCUCGGAUGAAGAGCACUUGAGUCAUCCGGAUGAGACCAUUAAGCUUUGGCCUACUGAGCGAGAACUCCAGCGAGCGUUUCCUUGGAUGAACUAGAAUAUAAGAUGAUUUCAAUAGGCCUAUUCGCUUGAUUAUAUCUCACCUUGGUGUAACAUAUCGCUUAUAGCUUUCUACACUUUUAGUUAAAAUGACAGUUAUAUUAAACACAUUCUUUAUGUAUAGAGACAACUAGCUGGCUGGAGCUGAGCCAACGUUCAUGUUCAUGUUAUAACAGCUUGGCUAUCUGGAGAUAUGGCUGGGGUCAGGAUGGGUGCCUCUGAAUCGAAACACAUCACCUCCAUCGCUGUCCGGCCAUUCUUCUGCAUGCACAUUACGACACGUUCCUCACAUAUCGAUACCCUCCAAAUCGCUGCAUCUGUUUUGGUCAGCAAACGAAUGAACUUGCCAGUCUGGCGGUCCCAGAGCUUGACGGCGCCAUCAUUCC